AUGGAUUCUGUGCUUCUCGAUGCACCACCGACCAAGCAGGUCCCGCCCAAGUCGCCGCCCUUGGCCUUCCAGGUCACCUCCAACGACUCUCUCUGGGCUCCCUCAUUCAACCCAAUGGCCAUGCAGUCGUUAUCCCAAGUCUCCUCGCCCUACUUUCUGGGCACUUCUCCGACCGAAAACGAUAUGCAGGCCCAGCUCGACAAGCUGAAUGAAGCCCUGCGUCUGCAACACCAAGCUUUUGUUGCCGAGCGAGAGAGCUGGCAAAUGGAACGAGACAGGAUGCAACGCCGUGUUAGCGCCCUCGAAUCCCUGCUCAAAUCCCCCAAUGGCCAAAGUCCUGCCCUGUCUCCUCAAAACGGCGUGAAGCCUGCCCCAUCUCAACUGCCUAGCAUAGCCGAAGUCGACACUUCUCGCUUGUCCCCGGAAAUGCCCCGUGUAAAGAGGGACGCUGCACCAGUCCACAUCGAUAUACCCACUUUGGCAGACGCCUCUGUCUUUGACAGCGACGCUCCCCUGACAGAAGUUCUUCACGGUGACCUGCCCGCCUCUCCACCAACUACUCGAAAUAUACUCAGCCCUCCUCCGCCAGCCAACCUAAGACAUGCCGGUCAUACUCCUCUUAAGGCUCCUCGUCCUGGCGAAUUCAGCCCUGCUUUGAGUAUACGCUCAGACAAACUCACCGAUACGCCAACCCGUGCCAACACUCUCAUGAACGAGGUCAUGUCACAAGACGACGGUGCCGGAGAGGACAGGUCCCUGAAGGGUCCCUUACACAUGCCUUCACUACCCUGCAAUCCAGGCGCCGAGAACUUCACUGUGGACAUGUUGGACGCAAAACUAAAAGACAUUUCUGAGCAUCCCGAAGAAAAUCAACCAAUAGUGUGCCAAAGUACGAUCUUGGCCCUCGAUGAGCCUUCUGAGGCCUUCCCUGUCCCGAACGAGAAAGUCGAUUCGGCGAGCUGUGACUCCAAGGAAAAGGCUGAAUCACCCAGUGCAGAAAGCAAGGACAAAGAUGCUCUGGAUGUAGGCAUCCGCCUUCGUACUAAAAUGAGUUCAAAUUUCGGCGCGCCCCUUGGCUCAAUGGGUGGAUGGAGGCGUUAG